ACAGAGACAGGAGAAUGAUCAGACCUACAGAGACAACAUUCAGCUUAGUGCUACUGCUAGUCCUACUGCUGUACUGCUCCCUGUCUCACAGUCUCAUACAGUUCAACACUGUGACUGGAAGGAUACACGAUGACCAACAGGAGACGACUUCCUGGCGGUUCAGGAACCUAUCAUCUGUUCCUGAGGGGCUGGACGUGAGGCUGAGGGAGCUGGAUCUGUCCAACAACGUUAUAAGACAUAUAAACAGCCAGAGUCUGGGUCUUCCAUCCCUACUGAGACUGGACCUCAGCUACAACCAGCUAGAGAUCAUAUCUGAAGGGGCUUUCAGAGAUGUGGCCCAGCUUCAAGAGCUGAACUUGGCCAGGAAUGCAUUGAGCCACAAUGUGGACAGUAACAGCCGAGCUCUUGGGUCUCUCCACAGACUGAGGAGGUUGGAUAUCUCUAUGAACGGUCUGGAUGAUGACGCGGCAGAACUUUACCUUCGUGACAAAUCAAUUCUUGAACGCCUAGAUCUCACGGGCAACGGUUUGACGCGACUCACGCCCAAGCUGUUUGCAGAGAGCCUGAGCGUGACAAGCGUUCGCAUCGAGAACAAUCUGAUCACGGCAAUAGAGGAGGGAACGUUUGAACCGUUGAAGGAACUCAAGAUCUUAAAUUUAGCCAGAAAUAAUCUAGUCUACAUCUGUGAUUUUAAACUCUAUCAGGUGAAACUCUUGAAUCUUAGCAGGAAUUCCAUAGAGUUCUUUGUCACCCGUGAGGACGGUCAUCCAUACGAGCUGGAGAUCUUAGAUCUGAGCUUCAACAACCUCCUCUAUUUCCCCAUGGUCCCCAAGACCAACCGGUUGAGAUACCUCCACCUACAGAGCAACAUGGUGGGGACCUUAGAGACAGACACCCUAAUAUCAGAGGCAGACUCUCUGUACAGAGAACUAACAAGUGAAGAUGAGGUAAAUGAUGCUGCAGCCAACAGCAACAUAUACUCUAACUGGAGACUGAUGCCGUUAGUUUACAUGGACCUCAGUAGUAACCACUUCAGGUCUCUACCUGUGGAGACUCUGAGCCAUCUGACGUCUUUGGUGACGCUGAACCUCAGCAAGAACUGUCUACAGGACAUCAGCUAUAACACAACGAAGGGCGGCAGCGGCCAUGAUGGAGGCUACCACCGACCUUCCUUGACCUUUCCGUCCCUACGCUACUUGGACUUGCAGAACAACGGUCUUCGACAACUCUCCACCUUCUUCCUGGAAGCCCUACCAAACAUAGAGACGUUAAACCUGAAGGAGAACUCUGUGAGGCCGUGUGAUCCGAAGGACCAACUGGGACCAUCUGAGACAACGAGAGUUAGUCUUAAUAGCAUGUCCUCCUGUGUUUCCUUCUGGAAUAUCAAAACUCUGAGAAGUCUAGAUCUCCAAGACAACGGGAUCAAAACACUCCAUCAGAACACAUUUGAAAGAACCCCUUUGGUUUCUCUCAACCUGGCCAGCAAUGUAGAUAUAAUCUUGGAUAAUGGCGCUCUAGAAGGGUUGCAGAGUAGUCUCCAGUCUCUGAGCAUCAGUGGGAACAACAUGACAACCUCUGCCUUGUCUCUGCCUUGUCUGAAAGCAUUGAGACGACUCAACAUGUCCAACAACAACGUAGACGUCGUCCCGAGCAUCAUCAGCUGUUCUCCUUUGACCGAACUUGACGUGAGAAAUAACGGCCUAACGUCUAUGAAUGAAUCUUUGGUUGAUCGUUUGUCUCUAGAUCUUGAUGUGUUGUAUGUCAGUGGCAACUCGUUCAACUGCUGUGACACCAAAUGGCUCAAAGCCCUAAACAGAGAGAAAGUGAAGAUACCGGACCUUGACCGUGCUGUGUGCCUCAGUGUCAAUGGUACUCUGUUGACUGGCCUUCUGCCUAACCAUUCACUGCACUGUUCAUUGGAACUUAGCCCAAAGAUAACAGAACCAAACCUUGGGCAAAUAAUAAUCAUCAUUUUGUUUGUGUCGAUAGUAUUGAUAACAUUAGUUGUAUUUGUGAAGAAGGUUUGUUGCAACACGGGGUCAUUCAUUGUGUAAUGAUUGUGCAUUUAAAACCAAGAUCUGUGUUCCAAUACCCACACUAACAUACUGUAUACUACAUACUUAAUGAGUAUAUACUACAUACUAUUACUUCAUUUUAGUAUACUGUAUACUACAUACUUAAUGAGUAUAUACUACAUACUAUAUACUAUUAGUUCAUUUUAGUAUACCGAGCGUAGUAGUGCUUCGCCUGUCUACCGAAAGGUGAUGCUGUUGCUAUGCAACAUCUUGCUACCGUAACAUAUUACUAGUUACACCUACCGGAGAGGGACUACCGAAGAGUACCGGAGAGUGACUACCGGAGAGUGACUACCGGAGAGUGACUAUCGGAGAGGGACUACCGAAGAGUGACUACCAGAGAGUGACUACCGGAGAGUGACUACCGAAGAGUGACUACCGAAGAGAAGAGUGACUACCGGAGAGUGACUACCGAAGAGUGACUACCGGAGAGUGACUACCGAAGAGUGACUACCGGAGAAUGACUACCGAAGAGAAGAGUGACUACCGAAGAGUGGCUACCGGAGAGUGACUACCGAAGAGUGACUACCGAAGAGAAGAGUGACUACCGGAGAGUGACUACCGAAGAGUGACUACCGGAGAGGGACUACCGAAGAGAAGAGUGACUACCGAAGAGUGACUACCGGAGAGUGACUACCGGAGAGUGAUUCAGAGCGGACACUGGACGCUCUGUCCGAGGAGUAGACUUGCUGGUUAAAGUUGGCUAGCUACUUCCAGAAACAAAUGAGAGAGCACCUCACUCUGACCAUUUUACUCACCCUAGCAGAGCUGUUUUCAUGUUAU